UCCCUCGGUGGCGAGAGACUCUGCGCGGGGCGCUCCGAGGGGAUCUGGAGAUGAACAACUCCAUAAUGCCGUCUACAUACGUGCACCGCCUUGGCUACGGCAUGAUGAGGCAACUAGCCGAUUUCAUUGAUCCACAGGAAGGAUGGAAGAAAUUAGCAACAGAUAUAAAAAAUCCCUCUGGUGCAAGUAGAUACAACCAAAUGCACAUACGGCGUUUUGAAGCAUUAAAGCAAGUAGGAAAGAGUCCUACCUGUGAAUUACUUUAUGACUGGGGGACCCAAAAUUGUACAGUUGGUGAUCUGGUGGACCUGUUGAUCAGGAAUCAGUUCUUGGCACCAGCUAGUCUUUUGCUUCCAGAUUCUGUAAGGGUGACAGAGAACACUACAGUGCACUUGUCUUUACAAGAAACAACGUGUCUAAAUGAAGAAGAAACUUCUCUACAGGAAAAACAAAAGGCACCUGUAUCACCUCUCUUGGUUCCUGAUAAUGGGUCCCUAAGUUCACCUUCUUGUGGCCUCAGUAUGGAGAAGAGUGACUUGCAACUCAAUGAUACAGGGUUACAGAGCUUUUUGUUUCUUGAACUGAAAAGUUUUACCAAUAACUUUGAUGAUCGAACUGUGUCAGAUGGAGGCAACAAGCUUGGUGAAGGAGGCUUCGGAGUGGUGUUCAAGGGAUGCAUCAAUGGCAGAACAGUGGCAGUGAAAAAACUUACUGCUUUGACUGAUGUAAGCAUUGAAGACCUGAAAAAGCAGUUUGAGCAAGAAAUAAGGAUUAUGGCAAAAUGUCAACAUGAGAACCUAGUAGAAUUGCUUGGUUUCUCAAAUGACUUUGAUCAGCCUUGCCUAGUUUAUGAUUAUAUGCCUAAUGGCUCAUUGCUUGAUCGACUAGCUUGUCUGGAUAACACUUCACCAAUUCCUUGGGGAAUGAGAUGUAACAUUGCUCAAGGUGCAUCAAAUGGAAUCUGUUAUUUACAUGAAAAUAAUCACAUUCACAGAGACGUUAAAAGUGCAAAUAUCUUACUAACUGAAAAAUUUGUGCCUAAGCUUUCUGACUUUGGACUUGCAAGGGCAUCAGUAAGGUUCACACAUACUAUACUAACAGAGAGAAUAGUCGGAACAGCGGCCUACAUGGCGCCAGAGGCGUUGCGUGGGGAGAUAACCCCUACAUCGGAUGUCUUCAGCUUUGGUGUGGUGUUACUUGAAAUAAUAACAGGGCUUACUCCCGUGGAUGAAAAUCGGGAUCCCCAGUUACUGCUGACUAUCAAAGAGGAAAUUGAAGAUGAAGAAAAGACUAUUGAAGAUUGUGUUGAUGAAAAGAUGAGCAAUUGGGAUAUUACAUCAGUUGAGCAGAUGUAUUCAAUCGCUUGCCAUUGUCUGAAUGAAAGGAAAAACCGGAGGCCUGAUAUUAAGACGGUCAAACAACAUUUACAAGAAUUGCUGAUCAAAUAAGGUCUCUUCUAUGUCUUGACAUAGCAUCUAGUGCACCUCACAAGGAGGUUUGCGGGGUGGGGUGGGGAAUACCCCCUGUUGAGUUGCUCCCUUCUGGUCCAAACAAACUUCUCUUUCAUUUGUAUAUCUGUGUUUUGUAGGGUUGUUACAGUUCAUGUUUUUUUAAAUGAAUUUAUGUUUUUUGUGGCACUAUUGCUUUGUCACUUUCCUAGACUGUGGAGCGAAAAACCUUCCUCAAAGCCUUAUUCAUAUGUUCUUGCAAACGAUCUGCUAUUUCCCUCCUAGAACUAUGUCCCUCGGUGGCCAUUUUGCCUGGCUGCAGCAUGACGCAGAUCGACUGCUGUUAUGGCUCCUCUUUUCCUACAGCUGUUUCUCGAAGUGGCCAUUCUGCCACCUUAUUAAAUAUUUAACUUUGAAGAAUUAGGCCCCCCCUUUCUCAUUUUGAACUAGGUCUUUUAACCUGUGUUUUUAAAUACCUUUGUACAAUGCCUAGAAAACAUUAGGUCAGGAUGUGUGGCCCUCCAGGACUUGUUGGAUUGCAACUCCCAUCAGCCCUAAGUGACAUAGCCAAUGGUAAGGGAUGAUGGGAGUUGCAAUCCAGCAACAUCUGGAGAGCUACACAUUCCUUAUCCCUGCUUUAGGUGCUAUAAUAAGAAUAGAAACAUCACAUCCUGUGUUAAAAACAGAAUUAUGGAAGGGAUCGCACCUGUCCAGCUGGGAUACUCUUAAUCAGUGGAUUUUGCAUUUUCAAUUCCAGUUUUGGAAGUUAUAAUAAUAAUAAUUAUAAUUAAAUAUUUAUUUCUUACCCUCCUCUCCCUCUGGAUUGAGGCAGGGAACAACAUUAGAUAUCAAUACCAUAAAAUACAUAAAACUGAUUAAAACAUAUAAAACUAAUACAAUAUUAAAAUAACUGUCAAAUAUCUUAUUUUAAGAUUGUGAGAUUAUUAUUUUUUUUAAAAAAAAUCUAGAUCUAUUAUAAUGCAGAGAGAGAUAUGGAUGUCAGACACUUCUAAAUGCCUACAUUCCCGUAAGACCAUUUCUAAAAAAAGAAGAAGUUUACCAUACUUUUUGUAAAUAGGAGUUUGGGGAACUCAUACAUUAUAGAAAAGCCUUUUUAAUAUGAAUAUUUAAAGCAAACUAGUUUGCGAACAUUGCAGUAUUCAAAGUUUGCAGUGUUCAACAGUAGAUGUAAAUACACUAUCUGGAAGCACAAAGCCAUGUUUGAAGGUCCUUGUGGAAUUGGCAUUUAUUUGUUUUAUAGUCCUAUGAUGGUUCUUUUUCUAAGAAAUCUGUUAUAUUCGCUGUGAAGAAAAUGAGAACUGAAAUUAGAAUUAAAUUAUUUAAAGCUGAAAA